AUGUCCUUACAGCUGAAACUGCUCACUGUAGAUUCCACUAACACUAAACAUUUGGAUUCAAAAGAGAAAAAAUUCCAUUCAAAUAUUAAUAAAGCUUUAGAAAGAUUUGAUUCAGUUACAGAAUGGGCAGAUUAUAUUGCUAGUUUAGGCACGCUGUUAAAAGCAUUGCAAAGUUGGUCCCCCAAGUUCCAAAACAUCAAAUAUUAUGUACCUUAUCCAUAUCAAGUAAGUAGACGGCUAACCUCUUCCUUAUCUCCAGAUUUGCCUGCUGGUGUGCAUCAAAAGACUUUAGAAGUAUACAAAUAUAUCUUUGAGAAGAUCGGUAUUGAAACUUUAGCUCAAGAAACUAAUAUUUGGAUUCCUGGAAUCCUGCCCUUGAUGUCAUACGCUUCAAUGUCUGUCAAAUCCAUUUUAAUAGAAGUAUAUGAAACAUAUUUGGUCCAAUUGCCUUCUGCUACUUUGCAAGUUAUUAUCAAACCUCUAUUGUCCUCUUUAUUUCCUGGGAUAGAUGAUGAGAGUAGCGAAUUUUUACCUUUAACUUUGUCUCUGAUUGAAACUUUACAAGCUAAUCUCAAUGAUGAUUCUCUGUUUUGGCAAACUUGUUUCCUCAUCAUGAUAUCUAAUAAAGAUCGUAGGCUAGGCGGUUUGGUAUGGUUCACCAAAAAAUUCCCAUCCUUAAAUUCUGUACCUCAUCUUUUACAAAACGUGGAGAAACAAAAUGUUGACUCUAUUGACAAGAAAAGAGUUAAAGAGAUAGCUUUAUCCACGCUAUUGCCUAUAGCCAAAAAUUUGGUCCAUCCUGAACCAGGUCUUUUAGUUCGUUCUUUUAUCGCAUCUUUAAAUAACGAGAACGAUCUUUUGAUCAAAAGAGGCACUUUAGAUAUCCUUUUGCAAAGGUUACAUUUAAGUUCGCCCGUUAUACAGAUGUUGGUUAAUGAAGAUGAUAGAAAAUUACUGAUUCUAGUUUGUUGUAAGACUACUUUAUCUAAGGAUAUGUCAUUGAAUAGAAGAGUGUGGAAUUGGUUGUUAGGACCUAAUCAACAUAAUGUAACAGAUAAGCAAAAGGAUGAAACAGCAAAGGCAUCAUCUUCAUCCACAUAUUUUGUCAAAUAUGGGCUUGAUUCUUUGAUAAAUGCGUUAAAUGAUUUAUUGUCCGAUAAAGAUGAUUUAAUUAUUGCUUUUAAAAUAUGUUUGGUAUUUAUGGAUAGAUGGGAAAUUGGUUCCUAUAUCAUUCCAAAAAUGUUUAUCCCAUUAAUGAAAGCUGCAGAAACUUUCAAAAAUGAUACAAAAGUACUUAAUUCAGCUAAUUCUUUCUUUGAUACAGUAGAGACUAAUAUUAUUUGGGGUCAAAUAUUCGAAUGGAUAAUCAACAAAAAAGAUUUUGUUUUUUUACAAUUUGUUUUAUCUAAUUUUAAUAUCGAAACUGAUGAAGAGAUAAUUGUUCGUCAUAUUCCUUUAAUAUUCCUUGCACUCUUAUGCUUUUUCAAUAUUAAUGAUUUUUCAAUAAAUAUUAACUCUACUGGCACUGCUACGAAUAAUAAGAAUACUUCCCAAUUGCUAAGAAUUAAGUAUCAUUCUCUUUUGAAAAAUUUAUUGGAUAUUAUACCUGAACGAGCCUUUCUCCCAUUAACUCAUUCAACCUUAAAAAAUAAGGUAGAGAAUGAUUUUCAAAAUACAUUAAACUCAAUAACAGAUUACUACAAAUCUGUUUCAGGUUCCAUUGAGGUGAAUAAAUUAGAGUCAUCUCAACAGUCUCUAUAUCCUUUUUCAACACCUGAUUUAACAUAUAUUGUGAUUUUUAAUAUUGUAAACAUGGUGAAUAGUGAUAUCUUGAAGGGAGUUAAUAUAAAUAACGCGUCUAUUAUGUUAGUCAAAUUAUUUGAAAAGAUUCCAGAGGAUAAAGAAGAACAUUCACAUGAAAUAACAAAUUCAAGAUGGAUCAUAGAUUCAUUAGUGACGAAUAUAAUGGAUGUCUUAGAAGAUGGAACAGUUUAUACACACUCUGAUUCGAUUAUUGGAAUUGUCAAUAUUUUUAGUAAUUACUUAUCCGUGCAUCUUUCCUUAAUACCGUCGGUUCAACUGUUAAAUAAAAUAAUUGGUUCUCUUUGGAUCUAUAUGGUUGAUCCAAACAGGCAGUAUAUUACUAUUCAAUGUCUGAAAUCGCUUUGUAGGAAUAUGGAACUUAAAUAUAUUGAAACAUCAUUAUCGGCAAACUUUGUACAGGAAAAAGUGAUAUCUAAAAGGUUAACAGUGUUGGAACUUUUAUGGAAUCAGAUGGAUGAAUAUUUAGAUAUUGUUAGACAUCCAUUGGAACUAUUGUUAGAUGAAUUAUCUGAUGAACAAAACCCACAUUAUUUGGCUGUCUCUAAAUGGGUUAUAUCUUUAUUAAAUUCAGAUUCAAUUAGAAGAUUAUAUUGGAUUUUAGUGGAAAAUCUUUUAAGGUUUGAUUUUUUACAAAGUGGGAAGAUUAAUGAAUUGGAUGAUUUAGAUAUGUUUACCUACAGAAUUAAAAUGAUUACAAACGUUUUAAAGUGUAACUCUGCCUUAUUGGUUAAAAAUUUUAAUAUUGAACCAACAACCUUUCAAUCUUUAGAAGGGUGGUCCAAUAAAGAUACAUCUACUUACAAGACUUUAUUAUUAAGUAUCUUAUUAAAGUUUCUAGAUUUAAAAGACAAUGAUCAUGCAGAGAGUAUCAGAAGUUGUUUGAUUCUAUUAGACUGUUUAUUAGAUGGUACGGAGAGUAAUUUUACUGAAUUCGUUAUAUUCUUACUUCAAAUGUUUACUAAAAGUAUUUCAGAAAAGAAUAUAGAUUCAGAAGUUACUGCAGUAUCGAUUUUAGAUAUUAUAUCGAAAGUAUUAAGAAUAUCGCAUGAUAAUAAUAUUGAGUUGGAGAUAUUUAAUGAUAAUAGCUCACAUUUAAAAUUUAUUGAUUUCAUGGUAACCAGCAUAUCUCAAAUUGAGAGUCCUCUAAUUAUAACAUCCUAUGUUAAAUUAUUGUCUGAGAGUAUCUCCUAUUUUGGUAAAUCAAUUUUUACGAUAUUAUUACCAUUUGUCACGUCCAUUAUUCAAUGUAUUCAACGACUAUUUAUCUUAGAAAAAAAGAAAGGUGGUCAAUAUUAUGCAAUUUCCUUGUUAAUGGGGUCUGUAGAAGAACUUAUUAAGAUAUCACAUAGUUACAUUACUAGUGAUGAGAACAGUUAUUUUUCUGGGUCUUCUACAAGGGGGGAUUUCAUUCAGUCUGUUGUCUCUAACGUAUUUUACUCUGAAUCUUUAGAUAACGAUAGCAAACUACAAGGUGAGAGAGAUAUAGUUAUACAAGCAUUUAAACAAGUUAUUGCCUGUUCCCUAGAAAUAUGGACUUGGUCUCAUAAAUCUUCUAACAAUAUAGCAGAUGAAAAUGAAAAAGGUGGUGUUAAUUAUAGUACUUAUAAAUAUAAGUUCAGGUCAAAGAAGUUGUUAGAAACAAUGUUUUUAUUGGAACCAUUAGAAGUUCUCGAAAAUAUUGUAAUAAUUGGAUCCACCUAUGAAACAAUUACUAUUAUACAUGCAUUAGAUGGUAAUAAGCCUAUAUUAUCUAUUCCUUAUUUUUUUCAUGGUAUCAUUCAAAGAUAUAAUGCUGGCAGUGUUGUUAAAUUCUCAGUUUAUAAGAAUUCUCAAAGAGGUUCAAGGGCAACCACUUCAUUGAUACGUAAAUUAUCUGGUGAAAAAUUAAUAGUGUUCUUAACAGCCUAUUCAAAAUCGUUGGAAAAUUCAGCCGUGGAAGAAUUUUACACCGAUUUCAUUAAUUUCUUUAAAGAAAUUGCAUUCAACCACACUUUGUAUAAAGCCAUUUUCUUCGAUAUUAUUGAACUGAUUAAUGUGGUUGGUCAAAAAUUGAAAACUACUCAAUUCGGUGAACAAAAGAAAACUAAGAAAGAAAUUUCUGAUAUUUUUAAUAAAUAUUUGCCAGCAGCAUUAAAUGAUUUUGCUUCAAUUUCUAAGAGUAAUGAGGUAAAAGCAUUCAAUACGCUAAAAAGACUGGUUGAUAAUGUUGCAUAUUUGACGAAUGAUGUUAUUGGUGGUGAUAGAUUUAAUAACAUAUUAUCUAGUAUUUGUGCUAAUUGUUUGGUUGGUUAUCUAAAGAGAAAAUUUGAAAAAGAGAUCCCAGAUUAUAUGUUAUCGUUAGCAUAUUCGAUUACAAAAGUUGGAAGUUCUAUUAAAAUAUGGAAAGAGUUCAUCAAUGAUGCGUUUAGAGAUGACAACUAUGUGAUUCCAACAGAAAAAAGAGAUUUAUGGAACACCAUAAUAUAUGAGUGGUCACAAUAUCCUGAAAAUAAGGAAAGGUUAUUAAGUGAAUUGUUACAAUUAACUGGGUCCAAAAAGAUAGGAUUAACACCAUCAUUAAUUACCUUUUCAUCAUGGAAUGAUUCUGAUGUAAUGGUUAAAUGUCAAAAUUUGAAAAGGAUUGCGUUAUUGAUUAAAAUAGCCCCAAAUAACACCUAUUUAUCAGAAUUCCAAGCAUUACUUUCUUGUAUAUGUCAAUAUUUAGUAUCUGAUAAGGAUAAAUUGAAGAUAAGAUGCUGGAUUCUGCUAAGAGUUCUGUUAUUAAAAUUUUCUGAAUCACAUUUCAAUGAAUAUUGGGGGAUGAUUUCAUAUUGUCUUCAAACAAAUCUACAAGAAUUUUUGGAACACUUUCAGCUACAACAGUCCAUCAACUGUGAUUUGUUGCUACAAAUUUGUAAAACUUUAGAUCUUUUAUUAGCAAUGAAUAUUGAAGGGUUUAUAGCAACCAAUGAAUGGUUGUUUACAAUUGAUACAAUUAAUUGUAUUUACAAGACGUAUCCAUAUAUUUCUCUAGUGGAUAAGAUUGCAGAAUUCAAAGAAUAUUCUGUGGCACAAGUUGGUGAUAUAGAGCUGGUUCAGUCUAGAGAAGAUCAUAAAUUACCAUAUCUUUUAGGUGUCCAUCAAAUUGAGAAUCAUCAUCAACUAAGAAACUUCUUCACAAAUUUGAGUUAUGUUCAUUAUGAGGAUAUUUAUAGUAUGAAAUCUUUAGAUUAUGAAGCAGUUGAAAAAGAUUUAUUAGAAGAUAUAUAUACAUAG